CUUCGGAAGUAGAAGGAGUCCUGUCGCCACGGAGCGCCAUGGAAGACGCCAAAGUGAGCCGCAUUCGAGCUCCGCGGAAGGAUUUGCCCCGGACGCUGUGGAGGACUCCGCAGAAGCGGCUCUUCCUGGCACCGGCCAUCGAAGCCACGCUGCGGCAGCGGCAGCAGCUGCAGCCCUUGGCCGCCAAGUCGGUGCCCAUGCUGAGGCCCAAGGCCGAGAAUGAGGCAAACCGCGAGGAGCUUUUCAAGGAUACCCUGACGAAGGAGAAGAGCUACGAUGCCGAAUCUUGGGGUCAGGAGGCCUGGUUGAACAUCUUGACUGGAGAGAACCGUGUGGAGAUUCCGUUCAACGAAAUCUCGGCUGCAAGCCAUGGCGAGGAGUACAUCCAAUGGUAUGAGGAUCAGCGUGCUCAGAAACGAGCGGCGGCGCCGCCGAGUUGGGUGCAGAGACGAGGAUCCCUCGCGCCCAUGUCCUUUUGGCGCGCCGCUUUGACGGACUUCGCUUUGUCCUCCCUGCAACCAACACCAGGAGAACUGCUGCAGCUGAAGGGCCGAGCAGUGCUCCUGCGACAUUUGGAGGCCAAUGCCACACCACAAGGCCUUAAGGCCCUGGCAGAGUGCAUCAUGCUGCGCUUGGGUGAGGAGCAGAGGGCCUUGCCGAUCCUGAAGAAAGGUUUCGGUGACCAGAUGUCGUUGCUGGACUUCGCUGGUUUCUGCGCCGUGCUGGACCUGGACUUGGAUCUUCUGCUGGGCUCAUCUGCACCGCAGAUCUUGGCCCAUCUCCUCCCAGGCCAAGUGACCAUGGACUGCUCCGUGCUGCUUCAGCCGCCCACCGUGCAGCCGGCGGAGCCCACGGGGGACUUCGUGCGUUGCCAGGGCAAGUGGUGGCUUUUGGGCCGCUACCUGGGCCUUUUGGCUCUGCAAGGCGUUGAAGGCAGCGAAAAAUCCUGGCAGGAUUUGAAGCUCCGGAUCGAGGCACAGCUGAGACACCUCCAGCGCUGCUUGAAGCCCUUCUUCUUCGGUCUCAUCACCAGCCGCCCCGAGGAACAGCAAGGAUCCAAGCUGCUUUCCUUGAGCGAUUGGACCUCGUUCUUUCGGGACUUGGAGGACGUGGACGCGCGUUGGAGCACCAAAGUGACCGGCGCUGUGCUUAAUCAAGCCUUCGAGAAAGCUUCAGAAGAGGGUGGUCUGAGCUUCGAGUCCUUCAAGAACGCUUUGAAGCAUUGCGUCGAGGCCCUUCCCGGAUCUUGGGAGGCCUUGGCCACAGUGGCAAGAUCUGCGAAGUGAGAUGCCGUGACUGGGAAACCCCAAAGGGGUGGACCAUCUCAGCAGCUUCAGAGCUGUGAGUUACGGUCAAAGUCGGAAUCCGACGAAGGGAAUGGAGCCA